AUAUCAUAUGUUCCUUGUUCAUAAAUCAUAAAUGUCAACAAACAUUAAAAUAACCUAAAAAGAUAUCCAGUUUAUAAAUAAUUUAGGAUUUUAUUUUACGUUUUAGGCUUUAAGUAAAAGAUUUCUUUAUCUUCACAACUAGUGCAAAAAUGGUAACCAAUACUGAGCCAUACACGUGUAACCUCGAUCCUGAUACGAAAACGAGAUUGGAGGUCUAUCUUUACAAAGAUGUGAAGAAUGUGGAAAAUAUACGGCAGAAUAUUAUUAAUGGUUCAUGGAAGUGCUCCGUCAUUAAGCCCAGUUUAAUCGUAAAUAUGUUUCAAGUGGCUGUAGCAGCUAAUCGUGCCGUUUUAGCUGAGAAAUCACAGACCAUGAUCACAAAGACUGUGUAUUCAGAACUUCUGUAUAACUUAUCGCUCACGAAAAACAUAUCGCAGAGCUUGAGUAAAUUUGGUAUAGAGAAAGACGACAGCAUACUAGUCUGCUUUUUAAUAGACGGCAAUAAUGACGUCAGUCAAGAGAUCCUCAAAGAAAUAGACGGGGAGCAGUGCCCAAUAAGUAGCUUGAACAGUUUCACUAACAUGAAAGAUGUAAAGUCUACCUACAAAUUAAAUAAUUUAAAAAGUGAAGUGUGUUUAUUAGAUAUUAUUGUUAGUAAAAUGGUCACUAAGAGCUUUGUAAAUCACUAGACUGUUAUAAAUUAGGUUUAAAUAUAAUAAAUCAUUAAAUAAAACCAACAACUCGG